CCAACAGUCACUCGCAAUCCCCCUUUCCUCUCUCACCCCCUCGCUUGCUUUCCUUAUCACUCGUACAAACCACAGACUUCCUCAUCUUACUUUUAAGACAAAACUCUGAAAGAACAAGAGCUUUAUUAUAAUAUUUGGAUCUAAAUGAUAUGCUUUUCAUUAAACUAACCAGUAACCUGACUGCUUGAAACUAAGUUCCAGUCUUUCUCCAGCACUUCCCAGUAUAAGGAAAGCGAAAAGUCUGCACUGUAGAAACUGACAUUCACAGAAGCCUCUGCCCAGGAGACCACAAUGAACAGCAACAUAGCUGAAAAGGAGGGCUCUCAGGAUGAGAUCAGCCUUCCAGAAGAAGAGGUGAGGACGCUUUUUGUCAGUGGCUUGCCUUUAGAUAUCAAACCUCGGGAACUCUACUUAUUAUUCCGACCAUUUAAGGGGUAUGAAGGUUCCUUAAUAAAACUCACUUCAAAGCAGCCGGUAGGUUUCGUCAGUUUUGACAGUCGAUCGGAAGCUGAAGCUGCCAAGAAUGCAUUAAAUGGAAUCAGAUUUGAUCCAGAAAUUCCUCAGACGCUACGCCUUGAGUUUGCAAAGGCAAACACAAAGAUGGCCAAGAGCAAGCUUGUAGGCACCCCAAAUCCCAGCACACCUCAGCUGAACAGCGUACCUCAGUUUAUCUCUAGGGACCAGUAUGAGCUCACAGUGCCUGCACUUUAUCCGGGUAGCCCAGAAGUGUGGGCGCCAUACCCCCUCUACCCAGCGGAGUUAGCACCUGCUCUACCUCCUCCUGCUUUCACCUAUCCUGCUUCACUGCAUGCCCAGGUGCGUUGGCUCUCCCCCUCAGAUGCUACUUCCCAGGGCUGGAAGUCCCGCCAGUUCUGCUGAGUAAUGUGUACCAGGUGUGUGAUGGUUGCUGCAGUCUGUCUUGUGGGUAUUAAUGUUUUUUCUUUGUUGGCCACUGGAGUCUCAGGCUAUUCAACACAUCAACAGUGCGCUGGCUCACGGACCACCAUUUAUUCCAUUUAUGAUCCCUUCAAGACAUUUCCACAGCAUCUAUCACACAUCUGAUUUACACCCAAUAGAAGAAGAAAGAAAAGAACGUGAAACUAUCCAACCUUUGUACACUGUAAAGAACUGCAGAGUGCCUUAUGUGAAAGCUUGGCUACCAAAGCAUUGCUACCCAACAUAUGCUUUCAGUCCUAAGCCAACCCUUUGAGAGCAUAACUGGUAAAAGCAAGCAAUGUCCUACCCAAGCAAUCUUACACUGUAAGACACACUAGUUUGUGCUACAAAUUUUUAUGGCUUGUAAUUAAAAAAAAAUCUAUUUUUGUUUGGAUUUUUUAGCCGCAUGUGAUAUGCAUGUUUAAGAUAUUGUCUAAAAGCAUACAAAAAUGCAAAGAAUUGUAUUUAAGGAAUAGAUAUUUUGCCAUGCUAUUUUUGUUAAAAUGAGCUGUAAAUAUUGAAUACACAUGUGUGUGCUUUCCAGUAUUACCUAGUUUUAUGCCAAUUCAUAGCAACAGUAAUUAGAGGAAGAUUAUUCCAAACAGCAUUUGGUGAACGUAAUGUAUCUUUUGGGGAAAAAUGUAUUAUUUUAAGGGAAUUUUCUAUAUGCAGAAGGCCUUUCAUAUUUUGCACAGAUAGUACAGAAACGAUCAUGUAGUUAAUAUUACAGAUCUCAAGUAGCUUGUAAAAUAAGAUAAGUAAUGUUUAAGGCAGGAGCAUCAAAAUCUGCCUCUGGCUUUGCUGUGAUACUGGGAAUCGGGCCAUUAGUUAGCUACAUUUUUUAUUUUUGCUGGUGAGCACCACCAAUUAGCUAGUCUGGCCAGUUAAAGUAUAGGAAUAAGAGCAAAAAAUCCCAGUAUGCAUAUACUUUGCAGAUCAGUCAGCCAGACAGAUAAGGAAGAUUGCUUUUAGAGAAGGUUUUUCCCUUUGUCAGAAUUACCUGGUUAUAUUUUUUGAAGACACUGUCCCUCUAAAAAUAAGCAUUUGCCUAGUUCUUAUACAGUCCAGACUAGUAGGUCCUGGCAUUUCAUAUACAGGCUCAAAACAGCCCCCGCCCCCACCUAUGGAAUCUUACAGUAGCCCCUCUGCCAUUUUCCAGUAUCCAAAUUGCCAGUCUGGAACUGGUUCUUUUGCACCAUUUUGGAACCCCAGUUUCUUUUUUCUGUGCACUUUUUUCUACAAGUUUGGACCAAAGUAAAAAUUGCCUUAUAAGUCACUGUUAUGCUGUUCUGUGUGAUUGUGGAGGUAGCCGCGAUGAUCUUCAGCUCCCAGCAGCUUCCAACUGCAAAUAAGAUCAAGUAGAAUGAAGAGGCUGACAUAUCUGCUGUCUUACACACAGGCCUUUUUAUGCAUUUAUCGCAGGUUUGAGAUGCAGGUUUGAGUGCACCUAAACACAUCAGCUAUUUGAUUCCAUUAUAUUCUGCCUGGUUGUACUCAGUGUUCAGAGUUGCAGUUUAUGGCAUUGGCAUUUCGCACUUAGGUGUGUUUUGAUGCACUUAGCAUGCAUUAAAAAAUGUAUGAAAAAAACUGUGUAUGUUAGAGCCCUAAGCAUGUACUUACUAAAUAAAGUACAUACUGUAUGUCAAGCCUACCCAUAAUGACAAUUGAGCAAUUUUGGGAGACAUUUUUGAGGGAAUUUAAUAAAAACCUUAAAAAAAAAAUGCUUAAAUUUGGACAAAAAUUCUGUUAAUGAUUUUUAUUAGAUUCUUAUAUUAGUCACCAAGGUUUUUUGUUGUUUUAAAAUUAUAGUGACUUGUAACCCUGCUUUACGCUAUUGCCAGGAGCAAAUGGGCAGUGCCAAACCUACAGAUAAGCUGCAGGCAAAACACUAAUAAGGCAGAUUUAUCAAAAUUACAAUACAUCAUUUUUUUAAAGAACAGAAUGUGAUUUCACUGAAUUUGAGUUGUUUUCUCACAAUUUUAAGUUUUCAAGUUUCAAGUUCUUACAUAAAUAAACGAACAUUCGAGAUUUAAAAAAAAUUAUUAAAAUUCAAAUUUGAUGUUUUUUUUCAUCUGCCUCUUUGUCCCUAAAAAUCUAUAUCUUGGGCAAUAAAGCUCUUUUUGUCCAUUUUAGCAUACUGUGCUAAGGAAUGAACUAAGGGAAAGAACUAAAAGCUUCGUAAAUUGAUGGCGCUAUAGAAAUAAUAAUAACUAAGGGUAGAACUCUGAGAUUGUUUCAUUUUUAUUUGCUCUCCUUUUUAUGCCUUUCAGUCAGGACUCAAAUUUCAAGUGUGUGCUUAUUUAUGUGAAAGGAGACCAUUCAAAUUCAGUGAAAUCUUAUUUUACCCUUCAUAUUGAAUGAGUUUGGCAAAUUUGAAAUUUGUCUCAAAAUCAUCGUUUAUUAUUCAAAUUUUUUGUUUAAUAAAUAGCAAAUAUUCAAGCUUCCAGAAACCAAAUGUAUAAUUGUUUGCUGUGAAAACCGUGAAUCAUUGUAAAAAAAAAAAUGGAAUGUUGAUAAAUCUGUAAAAUUCAGGCAUUUUUCAACAACACACCUCUCAUACACGGCACACCUUUCAGUUAACUUAAAGCUCUAUGGCAUGUUUUUGGAAAAAAGGUGAUCAUUUAUACUGAUUAGUAAUUCAGGGUAAAGUCAUGCUCAAAUAUACAUAUUUGGACUAAAUCAACAACAGGUCCUUUAUUUUUCCUGUGCAUGUCCAUUUAUGCGGUGUCCAUGUAGAGGACUGUUACGCAAUCUUUAUUAUUGCCAAAACAAAGCAUUUUCCGGAAAUGCCCUUUUCCGAAUAGUGAAUAAUACUAACUGGCUUCCCUAGACAGGUACAUUUUGGUAACCAAAGCAAAGCAAACAAAUACCACACUAACUGCAAGGUUCACCCUUGUGUGACUGAGGUGGGUUAAAGCCAUACUUCAUGGUUGUGGACACACCUCACUCUGUAUGCAUUAGCAUGCAAAGUUGGCUGCACCUGGGGCCAUAUGUAUAUGCUUAUGCUACUAGAGGAAAGAAACCUCUGGAACAGGGAAUGGACUUUGUGCGGAUGUGCAGGGGUUAAACUCAGGCAUUUUCUCUAUGCAGAUUUGAUGGUCAAUAGAAAUGAAUGUUAUCUGUGCUGGAAUGUUUGGCUACUUUUCAGUUCUCUGAAAAAUAUGUUUUAUAUUGUAUUUAAUAUGUUUGUAUGGUACUACUUUAUAUAAUGCUGAAGGAUUUUAAUAGGAAAUUAGAAGCUAUUUGUUCCAUAUGUACUAAUUUUAUAUGCUGUAAUGUAGCUUCUAUGUGCUGAAGAAUGGAUACAGAUUUUAAAUGAAAGCUUCUCAUAAUGCAGAGCAAUUGUAGCGCUGCUGGGAAAUAACCACUUUACUAGAAAAGAUAUUUUCACGUCGAUAAUUCCUUUAUGGCUCUAAUACAGCAGUGGAAGCCCCUGUGAUAGCCAUUAAACCUGAGUUUUCAGCAUCCAACCAUGACUAGUAUAUAGUUGUCAAAAGUGGGUAUAUUUAAGGGUAGUAAUAUUGGCUGAACAAAGUGCUGGGGAAGUUGAGUGGGACUGACAUCUGCUUGUGCCAACACUCCACCCAGCUGACAACACUAAGGUUAAAGAUGAAGGAAAGGUAUAUCCCAUGGCUGGUAUCAAAAUGUUAGGGCCCACCUCCCAAUGAUUAUACUUGCUUACCUGCACCGGCUUAGGGUACUACUGCAGGAUUUCCACUAUACAGUACACAUGUACUGGCCUGGGGCUGCAUCAAAGAAGUGGAAGAAGUGCUGCAGAUGUACCCCAGGCUGCUGCAAUUUUCAGCGAACAGAAGCACUGGGCUGUCAGUUGAAAAAAUUAUGAUCAUUGCGGAGUGUCCCCCAAAAUAAUUAUACUUUUUCUGCUUUAAGUGUACCCCCGUGCUAGCCAGACACAGGAUGCUGAUAACACAAAAGGUGGCUGGUAUAGGAACUAAUAGCUGUAUGUUUAGAUUGUCUUGUUGUUUUUUAACUCCGGGAAUGUCAUGAAAGUUUUUCUCCAGCUGCUGUUGAAUUACAAUUCCUUUAGUCCCUGUAUAUUACUCCCUGACUGUUGAAAAGAAGUUGGUUGGAGAACCCCACUUAAAUAUGAAAAAUAAAAUGUUUUGUAUGCAUGUUUUAUUUUCAUAUUA